AUGCCAAACACUGAGGCCACCCGACUUCCCUCCAGCAUCGCCAACAAAGCAGACUUCUACUCUCUCCUCUGUACGCAACUCCAAGCCCUCCUCGAGGGUGAGCGUUCCUGGAUCACGAACCUGUCGAACGCUUCUGCCCUCCUGUUCUGGGCGUUUAGGGACUCAGAAACAUGGGGUCAGGGAGAGGGAGCUGUAAACUGGUGUGGCUUCUAUCUCGACUCGCGAUUAUUCCCGCCUUCUCCCGCUGGGACUACUACUUCUUCCGGGGAGGAGAAACUCAAAUCAGCAGGAAAAACUAUCCUCAAGCUCGGACCGUUCCAAGGGCGCCCUGCCUGCCUGCUGAUUCCCGCCCGACCAGGGGGAGGCCUCUGCUCCGCCUGCUGCCUUCAGCAUCAGCCCGUCCUGGUACCAGACGUCCAUGCCUACCCGGGUCAUAUACCCUGCGACGGGGAGACGAAUUCCGAGGUUGUGGUGCCCCUUCUUUUGGGGAACAGGAUACUGGGUGUGUUGGAUCUGGAUUGUUUGAGGAUCGCGGGGUUUGAGCAGGAGGACGUGAGGGGGUUGGAGAGGGUUGCGGAGAUUGUCGUGGGGGGGUGUGAUUGGCCUGAGGGGAGGUAGUGGUGGGGAUGGUUUGUCCGACAUGCCCCAAGUCACAAUCCCGAUACGUUGUGGAAAGGCAGUUGAAGAAUCUAGACUGACAAC